GCUCACAGAACCAUCAUCGUACGCGCGCUGAAAGGACUUGAUAACAUUAUUGGCUUGAGUGUUGUUGAUUACUUUCUGGGUGAGAAAGGAUGGAAAUUUAGCACUCCCGAGGAAACUCCUGGCAGCAUUCCAGACACUGUAAAUAAUGCCCAAUAUCUUCGCGAAUUAUAUUUCAAGGCCAAUCCUAAUUACGAUGGAAGAUUUACUGUUCCUGUUCUUUGGGAUAAAAAGCAACAGACAAUUGUCAAUAAUGAAUCGAGUGAAAUUAUUCGCAUUUUUAAUGAAGCAUUCGAUGAUUUAGUUCCAGAAACAAAGGGCAAAACUUUUUAUCCAAAACAUCUUGCAGAAAAAAUUGAUGAAAUCAAUUCUUGGGUUUAUGACAACGUCAAUAAUGGCGUUUAUAAAUGUGGUUUCGCUACAUCUCAAGAAGCUUAUAAUAAAAAUAUUGGUCCUCUAUUUGAAUCUCUGGAUAAAUUGGAAGAUAUUCUUUCAAAAAAUGAAUUUCUUGUUGAAAACACCUUUACCGAAGCUGACAUCAGACUUUGGACCACAAUUAUUAGAUUUGAUCCAGUUUAUCAAACCCAUUUUAAAACAAACUUGAAAUCUAUUAAAUAUGAUUAUCCAAAUAUUCUUCGCUGGGCCAGGCAAAUUUACAAAAUUCCAAAAA